AUGUCACUUGAGAGGUCUUUAGAUAGUAUUAUUAAUUCAGAAAAGGUCUUUGAUAAUACUGGAGAAAGUUCUUUUUUUUUCUGUUUUAAUAGCCCUUAUAGGCGUUUAGAAAUUCGAGAUUAUCAAGAUGGAAAUCAAAACGACUAUUUUUUAAAAAGGAUAGGGUUAAUAUGUAUUCUAAGGCAUGUUUUUUUUCUGCGUUUUUUAGGCCCUAUUGAUUUAUAUAAAAGAAAUUAUAAUGAACCAUGGACUCAUGAUCUAUAUGAGGGAUCAGGAGAGAAAUCAUCUAUUGGUGUCUCAAAACAAGCUUAUAAGCAAGUGCCAAAGCCUUUGUCAUAUCGUGUUAAGGUUGAAAAUCUUCAUUAUGAACUUACAGAGGAUGAUUUAAAUGGUUUAUUUAAACGAAUUGGUCCUGUUAGUAAGCUUAAUAUUAAAUAUGAUCGUUCAGGUCGUAGCACAGGAAUAGCUUUUGUUAGUUUUGAAAGAAUUGAGGAUGCACAUAAUGCAAUUAAUCAAUUUAAUGGUGCUAAUGCUGCGGGCCAGCCGAUUACGUUAACGUUGGAUUUACAACCAUCACGUAAAUCACAAAGAAAAUCUGAUUCUUUAUUUGGUCGUAUUAGCAAUUUUAAAGUUGAUCCUUAUCGACGUAAAUUAUUCAAUAAUUAUAGAUCAUAUAGAAGGUUAGAAGGCGAAUAUAAGACUCAGGAGGAUUUAGAUAAUGAACUUGACAAAUAUAUGAAUGUUGCGAUACAGUCUUCAAAUGAUACAGAAAAGCCUAUGGUAAUUGAUGAAAAAUAA